GAUAUUGUGCUAAGGCUUCCGCAGGCAUGGGCUCUGCCUUUUGCCAUGUCGUGCAUGGGUGGCGAGAUGGCAAUCGACCAUUCCGGCACGAUCCAAUUGUUGAGUCGUCGCAGUGGAAUCGAAGUGAGACAGACACAGCCCUUGUCCCGAACCAGCAGAGAAGGACCGCAGCGCAUCUCCAAGGUGCCCGAGUCUGCAGACGGGCGUGUGCCUGCGGAGUUCCAGCGGCCUACGACCAGUCGGUUGGACAUGACCGUGGUUGACAGGAUCGAGCAGGUAGGCGGAAAUGUGAGUGUGAACAUUGUCGGGAAUGACAAGGGAAGCUUGCCAAUUAAGAUCGGUGGGACACUCCAGAUGAGACUCGAUGUCAAAUCCGUGGCGGCUUCUGCUCUGGCAGCUUUGCCCACCCAGGAUUUUGGAUAUGUUUUCUUUGCAGAUGAGUUUACAUGGCACAAAUCCAGCGGGAAGGUUUACAAGGUCAUGGCAGUGCUGAGCUGUGGGUACCUUCGCUUGCUGGAAUGGCCACUGCGAUCUGAUCCGUUGAAGAGGCUGGAAAUGAAGACUGAGCAGCUGCAGAUCGAUUUGGCGAAGAUGACGAGGCAUCCGACCAUUGAGGACAAGGAGCUAGGACCGUGCUUGCUUCUGGAGCGCAGAAAGGAUGCCAUGCUCUGGGGCUACUCCGACGUAACGGAGCGUUUGUGUGCGGCAAGAAGCCAGGCACAAGCCCUCGGCAAGGCGAUCACCAUGCAAAUACGUCGAUUCGACACAAAAUUCCACAACCCCCAGGCUGCCGAUUGGAGAUAUGGCACGCAUGUAGCAGGAAAGCCGCAGUACGUGCUGCCCCAGGACACCGUGCAAACAAAUCUCCUGACAGUCUUGGACAGGCACACGUGGAGCAAGACACAAGGAGGCUCGAGCCACCCCGCAUUGCUUGAAGCGGCGGCCACCUCAAGGAUCAGCUCUAGGUCCUCUAGGUCGGUGACAGAAGGCCACGAGAUGCCUCAGCAUGUGAGAGCACGGCAUUGGACGGAGCUACCAAAAACUCUAACCCAAAAGGGUAGCUUCGAGUCCAAGGCUUGCCGUGCACAAGAGGAGCUGGAUUCCAUCCGCUAUCCACCGGAGAAGUAUGGCAAUGCCUCGAUUCGCAUGGUCAUACCGGUCGUAAGCUUUGACGUUAUAGGAAAUCUUGUCCGCAACAGCGACACGACCUUCUCCUUCGAGCUUGGGGGCAUCGACGGGCCUGCAACCGUGCACGUCUAUGUUGACGGAGACACGGCUCCGGACUCUGCUGUCCCGGGCAUCACGAAGGCCGCUGCCAAAAUCGACAGCUUCUUGCGGCCAGUCUUCACUUUGGGCACCUCCAAGGCCGACAGCCUCAAGGAGGGGCCCUUGAAGGCCAGCUUCAAGAUGAAGGGGGAGUUCAAGCUGAGCGAAGGUGGGCAUUGGGAGGUGCUGCCCAAGGCCGUCUCUGACGUGAAGUUGGUCUUCGGACGCGGAGGUAUCGUUCAAGGGAUGAUCAACUAUUUGGUGGACGCCUACGGGAACAUGGAUGAGAUCUUUCUGACUUCGGUGUGGCCAGUGCUGGCGAGCGCCAUCCCAGAGAGUCUGGGCCAAGCUUUCGUGCAGAUUCCGAGAAGGGAUGGGCAGCUCCGGCACCGCUUCAACCUCCACGGCCGCUGCUUGGUACCCCUCGAGGACGGGGAGCGGUGCGAGACCGACCAGGUCAGCAUCGUCCUUCAAGACCUCACGGAAACAGUCAUUUUGCCAAAGCCUUUGGUAGAGAAGUAUCUUGUGAGCCAGAACUGCGCCAAGUCCUGUGAGGCGGUGGAACAGUCGAUGCCCAUGCUGCUGCUGCAGUCCUAUGUCAACUCCGCGGAGGCCUCUGUUUUCAGUGGCACCUCCACGGACGCUACCCUCGAAGUGGACUACUCAGUCCAGGAGUUCACCAAGAUCCGGGUUGAGGGCGGAGCUGUGGCACCAAUGAAGCUUCUGGAGAUUGGCCUGGGCAACGGCAGCAAUCUUCUGGCGAAUCUGCUCCCGGCGGUGCCAGGAAAGCUCACAUCUGUGGGCUCGAUGAGCAUCAUAGAGGGCAACAAGGUGGUGAUACCAGAAGCGCGGCUGGAACGCUUGCGGCUGCCUCUGCUGCUCGAUGGGCAGCAGGAAGCCUUGGAGCUUAACCUGACGCUCAGCAAGGUCCAAGCCAUCUCAAACGGCCCCGCUUCGAGCAUCCUCGACGUGAUUGUUGGCUAUGUGGACCUGACGAUGGACCGAGUCCUUGGCUUGGUCUUCAAGAGGAAGGAUUCGCACCAACUUCCCCUGCUCGACAUCACCGUAAACCGCACGUACAUCAACGACAUGGUCUCUGCCGCCGAGCAUGCGUGGCCUCAACCAUUAAAUGUCCGCACGGCGGCUGCCAACCGGCCUGAUGGUGAGGUGCCUCAGGCCUUCAGGCAGAAACAGUCCAUCGUGCCGGGCGAGCUGGACAUUCGCAAGACCAUGGCGCAGGCUCAUCUGGGAGCUUCCGUGAGCCUUUUCGGCGAGAUCGAUGCCGCCUCAGGAGAAGAUCUGUUGAACGUCUCUGCCGCGGUGGUCUUCAGAGCCACGCUCGACCUUGGAAGCGCUUUCUGGCGUGCUGUGGUGACGCGCCGCGAGAAGGACUUCGGCUUCGUGCACGCGUCGCGAAGAGGCGUUUGGGGCGCGUUGGAGCAUAGCAGGUUGCCAACGCACCGCGUACUACUGGACAUUGGGUGCGGCCAGCUGCGGAUUUUCGAUGACAGUGAAGGUGCCGAGCCAUACGGGAAGCUGGUGCACUCUGUCGAUUUAUAUGACCUCUGGAAGGACAAGGAGUUCGAUCCAGAGAACGCAGAUUACGGGCCAUGCAUGUUUAUCACUGAAACCUUUUGGCAAAAGAACUAUUUCUGCGCGGAGGCGAAAUCCAUGAAGUUCGUGCGAGAGGCCCUGUCGCUGCAGUUG